CAAAUAUGCAUCAUCAAUCGAUCAAUUAGAGAUCAAUCCAAAGUGCACAUUCACACGAAAGGACGAGACCAAUUAGUUAACACGACACGAAUCAGAAGGAUCACAAACUUUGCGGCAAUUCACGCAGGCCUUGAACAAAAAUGACAUUUCGAAAUUUCUUGCUGUUUCUCGUCGUGGCGACGGCGACUGUCGUGACCGCCACGACGCCCGACUUUCCACGCGACGCUGCGGGACAAGAACGCCUCUGGAAUGAAACGAUCCAAGCAAUUUUAGAGUUCAAAAAGGAAUUCGAUGCCCACCCGGAAUUGUACCAGGCCGAGGAUGGAGACGCCUUGUUGACCGUGCCUGAAAUCAUCGCGAGGUACGGUUACCCCUGGGAGGCCCACAACGUCACAACGGAGGACGGCUACAUCCUCCAACUUCACCGAAUCCCGUACGGCUUGGGGUGCGGGGAAGGCGCCGGAAAGCGCGUCGCCUACUUGCAGCACGGCCUCAUGGGCGACUCUUCCAACUGGAUCAUCACCGGAAACAAGUCACGUGGUCUGGCAUUUGAACUCGUGGACGCCUGUUAUGACGUCUGGAUGGGAAAUUAUCGCGGAAAUACGUACUCUCGCCUGCACACGGAUCCAAACAAGGCGGACUUUUAUGAUUUCAGUUGGCACGAAAUGGGGAUGUACGACAUUCCCGCGAGUAUCGACUACAUCCUGACCGCGACGUCGGCCCCCUCGCUGUACUACGUGGGUCACUCCAUGGGCUGCACGGCCUUCUUCGUCGCCAUGUCGGAGCGGCCCGAGUACAACGCCAAGGUCAAGCUCAUGAGCGCCCUGGCCCCCGCGACCUUCAUGCCCAACACCAAGUCGCUCGUGGUGCGCCUGCUGCUCGGCUUGAUGCCCAUUUUCGACCGCCCCCCGUACAUGCUCGUCCUCCCGAUCGAGUGGACGGAACGGUUGGCUGCGGCGCUGUGCAAAACCGGGUCGCCCACGCAGCCCCUCUGCGCCAUGAUCUUGUUCCUUAUCGGGGGCGAUAAUGCGCCACAGCUCGAUUUGGUCUCUCUCCCCGCGAUUUUGGGUCACUCUCCGGCCGGAAGUUCGAGCAAGACGUUUCUCCACUACGGCCAGUCCAUCCUGUCGGGCGAAUUUCGGAAGUACGACUACGGCGCGGAGAAGAAUCCCGAGCACUACGACGGCGCCCUCACCCCGCCCGCCUACGACUUGAAGAAGAUCACCACCAAAAUCGCCAUUUACUACGGACCCAACGACUUCCUGGCGGACAGAGUGGAUGUGAUUCGGUCAGUUCGAGAAUUUGGGAAUGGGACGGUUGUAAACCUGCGAGAAAUUGAGGACCCCUUGUUCAACCAUUUGGACUUUGUUUGGGCCAAGGAUCAGCACAAGCUCGUAAACGAAGUGGUGAUGGAUUUCAUGGAAGAGUUUACCAAUCCGACGCCAACCACGACAGCACCAUCGGGUGGAAUUACCCUCGGCGGUGGUGGCGUCGCCAUGUGGGUCGUCGUCCUUCUUGUCACGGGCUUCUGGGGGAUGAAAUCCUCCAUUUAAAUUACUUCCCCACGCACCAUCAGGUCAAGAAAAAUGUUUGAAAUGUCAUGCAACUAUUUUCAUACGCUGACUACAUGUUCUUACAAAUAUAAAAUUGUGUGAAAGAUAACUCACAAAGUUAACUACUUACUUACUUAAUUAAUUAAAAAACAAAAUUAUCACAAAAUCAUUAACUAAAUAUUGUUGCAAUAUUCAAAUGUUAAUUAGGUUCAACCUUUAAUCAUCGUUAACUUUAACGUUCUCUAAUAUAGAUUUAACACAUUGUAAAUGAUCGAAAAUUAUUACUUUAUAAUGAUUUUAAUUUAAAAUUAAAUACUUAUGAGACUGCUUUCCCUAAUUGUACUAAUUCAUUCCCUGACAAGAUUCAGAUUUGUAUCGUUCCAAUUAUGCAUGCAUUUCUUAUCUAGUUUUGAACUUGAAUACAAAAAAAUAUAUCAUAAAAAGUUCUAUUUAUUGGCUCAACAUUAUAUAAAUUUUGACAAAUAUUUUCUACAAAUUAGAAUUUAAGCUUUAAUUAGAAUAGUAAUUUCUAUCCUUCUCGGUAAACAAAAAUCGUAUAGAAUUAAAAUUCAGGUAGAUUCAUUAUAAAUACUUUAACAUUCAACAAGAUACAUGAGAUUCUGUAAAAUAAGAACAAGAACAUUCAUUUUAGGAGAACCGGAUUGAUUAAAUACUUUAACAUUUAGCAAGA